AGAUUAGCCAAACAUAAAUCAAUCCAUUGUAAUCUCAAAUCGAAAGACAAAGCCUCGAAACUAAAUGAUCGAGAGAGCUUACCUGAACAGGAAAUCGACGACGAAUUUAGCGAAAGAGAGAGCCCAAGCGUGCUGGGUUCCAAGGAACCCAGCGCUUGGGUUUGACAGAACCUGCACUUGGGUUUCAUCGAACCCAGGCGCUGGGUUCCAUGGAACCCAGGUGCCGGGUUCGAAGGAACCCAACACCUGGGUUCUAAAGAACCCACGGUUAGGUUCGAAAAAACCCAGUAAGCACUGGGUUCUAAGGGCAAGAGGAACCCAACAGCUAGAUUCGAUGGAACCUAUGCCUACGUUCCAAAGAACCCACGAUUGGGUUCGAAGAAGCCUAGUAAGCGUCGGGUUCUAAGGGCAAGAGAAACCCAACACCUGGGUUCAAUGGAACCUAUGCCUGGGUUCUAUCGAACCCCGGUGUGCUGGUUUGAAGGAACCCAGCAAGCUUUGGGUUCCAACGGGAAGAGAAAGGAAAAGAGAAGAAGAGAAAAAAAAAGAAAAGAAUUUUUUAUAU